AUGGCCAUUUGUAGCUAUAAAUAAAGAGUGUAGCAUCAUGGUCUGUCUCAGAAUACAGCAACACACAAAAACACUUAAGGGGUUAACAUUUCAGACAUAAAAAUGAGGUUUCUUUGUGUUGUGGUAACAGCCCUAGUGGUGCUUGGAGGGUUACCCUUCUCCUCAGAUGCACAACUAGACCCCUUCUUCUACCGCUGGACUUGUCCACCCGUGCGUAAUGUUGUGUUCAAAGUGGUAGAGAAAGUGUCACGAAGGGAUCCUCGUAUGCCUGCAAGUCUCGUCAGGCUUUUCUUUCACGACUGUUUUGUUCAAGGUUGUGAUGCAUCGAUUUUGUUGAACAACACUGCAACGAUAGUGAGUGAGCAACAAGCCCUCCCAAACAACAACUCCAUAAGAGGUUUGGAUGUGGUGAAUGACAUCAAGACAGCUGUGGAAAAUGUUUGUCCCAACGUUGUUUCUUGUGCAGAUAUUCUUACCAUUGCAGCUGAAGUCUCUUCUAUUCUGGCUGGUGGUCCUUCCAUCAAAUUUCCACUGGGAAGAAGGGAUAGUUUAACGGCAAACAGAACACUUGCGAAUCAAAACCUUCCUUCUCCUUUCUCCACACUCGGUCAACUUAAAGAUGCAUUUUCUGUUCAGAAACUUGACACUACUGAUCUAGUUGCACUCUCAGGUGCUCAUACAUUUGGCAGAGCUCACUGCUUUUUCAUUCUUAGCCGAUUGUACAACUUCAGUGGCACUGGCAGACCUGACCCAACUCUUGACCCUACUUACUUACAACAAUUGCGCAAUAUAUGCCCUCAGGGUGGACCAAACAACUUGGUCAAUUUCGACCCGACCACUCCUGAUAGAUUCGACAAAAACUAUUACUCCAACCUUCAGGUUAAGAAGGGUUUGCUUCAGAGUGACCAAGAGUUGUUCUCAACACCCGGUGCUGACACCAUCCCCAUUGUCAACAGGUUCAGCAGUAACCAAAACGAUUUCUUUAGCAGCUUUGCCAAAUCAAUGAUAAAAAUGGGAAAUAUCGGUGUUCUCACUGGAAAUAAAGGAGAAAUAAGAAAACAGUGUAAUUUUAUUAACAGAAGAUCUGUUGAAGUUGAUACUGUGGCCUCUGAAUUGGAAGAGGGUAUGGUGAGCUCUAUAUAAACGAAUUACGAGGAGUUGUGCACACUUGGAAUUGUGUGAUUCACAUGGUCACUAAUAACGAAGCUAUAGCCACUUUAUUCGCGUAAAGUGUCCGCAGCUUACCAUGUUUCAUUGUCGCAUGUAUCGUCUUUGUCUUUCUUGUAUUUUUGAACCAUGUUCUGUUCUUAAUAUCAGUUUUUCGUUUUCUUAUC